UACCUUACCCUUUCCCCGUUGCUUGGUGCCAAGAAAUUUGGGGCAUUUGAUAAAUAAAAUGGGUAAACUUAGUAUUGGUAGUGUGUAGCUAGUUUAUAAAUUUUUAGGUACAAAUAUACAAAAAAAAAACGUUCUUGAAAACCAUAAGAAGUGAGUAACAUUAGAGAAAAAAAAUAGGAGGCAGAGCAGAGCAACACAUGGAAGAUUUUGAAAAAAAAUUAUCAAUAGGUGAACCCAUGGCCGAAGAUGGUAGCCAUGGCACCUCCGCCUAUGAUUCCUCAACAACAAUCGUUAAUUUGCUUUGUAAAUUUCUCGCCGUUCAGCAGCGUCGGGCCGAAGCCUAUUCCAACCUCAAAAGGUUUCUCUUUCCUUCUGCUCUUACCAUUUUUUUUUCUUUCUGCAUCUCAUUUUCCGUUCCUUUUUUUGAAGAAGAGAUUUCUUUGAUACAAGGGAUUUUCAGAGUAUAUGAUUUCGGGAAAUGAAUUUGCCUAUCAACAGCUUUGCAGUGACAUUACAUUGGAGUUCAAUAACUGCUCUAAACAAGUUGUUCAGGUCAUUGAAAUGGAGUCCCUAUUUCAGAAUUCUGAGUACGAUCGAGUUGAUUUAGCUAAGCUUUUGAGAUCUGUUCAAGAACAGGAAAAGCAGAAACUGAAUUUGGUACUAAAGAAGGCUGGUCGGCCAUCAGAACGUUUGGUGAGCCAUGCGGAUUGCAAAUUUGAGAAACCAAUGGAGCAUGAGUGUGUGCAUGUCCAUGAGAUUACAGAAGCUGUUGGGACUGAAGAGGCAGAAGCAGAUGCCAUGUAUGAUAAAGAACUGAAGGAGGCCAUUAGAGGAUUACAGGAUGUUGUGAUUGCUAUAAACGAGCAUUUGGAAGAGUCCAGUAAACAAACUCGUGACACAUCCUUGGCACUAAAGUGAUGGACAAAAACAAGCAGUUGAUUAUUUUCUCUUUGGAAGCAUGAUGGUUAUCCAUUAAGGUCAAUGGUUGACUUUGCAAGCGACAUAGAUGGGUCUUCGAUUUUAGCUGUUAGUAGCUUGGCGUUUCAUUCAAAGCGAGCGACCAAGGGAUAUUUGAAGAAGUAUUACAUGGUGACCUAGACUUUUCAACAGACCCAUGGCCUAGUAUUUCUGAAGGUGCCAAAGAUUUAGUAAGGAAAAUGCUUAUUCGAGAUCCCAAAAGGCGGAUAUCUGCACAUGAUGUUUUGUGCCAUCCCUGGGUUCGAGUUGGUGGUGUGGCUCCUGACAAGCCUCUCGAUUCUGCAAUAUUAAGUCGAUUGAAGCAAUUCUCUGCAAUGAACAAGCUCAAGAAAAUGGCUAUUAGAGUAAUUGCAGAGAGCUUAUCUGAAGAAGAAAUUGCUGGCCUAAAAGAAAUGUUCAAAAUGAUAGACACUGAUAGUAGUGGUCAAAUCACUUUUGAAGAACUUAAGGCUGGUUUGAAAAGAUUCGGAGCUAAUUUUAAGGAAUCUGAAAUUUAUGAUUUAAUGCAAGCAGCAGAUGUAGAUAACAGUGGAACAAUUGAUUAUGGAGAGUUUGUAGCAGCCACUUUGCAUUUAAACAAAAUUGAGAGAGAAGAUCAUUUGUUCACAGCAUUUUCCUACUUCGAUAAAGAUGGAAGUGGCUACAUUACUCAAGACGAGCUUCAACAUGCUUGCGAGGAGUUUGGUGUAGAGGACAUCCGCCUAGAAGAAAUGAUGCAAGAAGUUGAUCAGGAUAAUGAUGGGCGCAUAGAUUAUAACGAGUUCGUGGCGAUGAUGCAGAAAGGAACUAUUGGUGUUGAAAGUAGUAACUUUUCACUAUGUUGAAUAUUUAAGACUCCUUGAAUACGUAAAGAACAUUUUGUUGUUGAUGACAGUGUUGAAUGUUUUAAACUAAUUUGUGGAUUGUUAAUACAAUGUUGAAUGUUUUUA